AGAUCAAGAGGGACAAGGAGAGGAAAGGGGAGGGGAGAGUGGUGUGGUAAUCAAUGUUUAAAACCAACAGCCCAUCCCUCUCUUCCUCACUCCCUCUCUCUCUCUGUCUCUGACUGUCCAGCUCCUCGCACAACUUCGUCACCAUGUCACAGGUCCAGCAGGCUAUGGCAUUGCUCAUCUCAGCCUUCCACAAGUACUCUGGCAAGGAGGGCGACAAGACGACCCUGAGCAAGGGAGAACUCAAAGAUCUGCUUUACGCUGAGCUUGGAGAGAUCUUGGGGAAAAACACUGACCAGGCAAAGAUUGACAAGAUCUUCAAAGAUCUGGACGCUAACUCAGAUGGCAGUGUGGACUUCCAGGAGUAUGUCACACUGGUGGCCUGCCUCACCAUGGUGUGCAAUGAGUUCUUCACCAAGAAGUGAAACAGCUCCCCCUGCCCACUCUCCACAGAACAGCAGCUCUUGCUCCAUGAGUGAAUUCAUGAUAAGAUUAGCAAGAUUCUCAAUGCAGGUUCAGAGGGUCAGAGAUGCAGGUUUACACACAUACACA